GCUGUCUCUGACUCGCUGACGUCAGCAUGGAUCGUUUCUGGUCUCUCAGGCAAAGUGUCGGCGGCAGGGGCGGCAGGGGAAGCUGCAGGAGUACCAGGACCGCAUGCUUGCGGCCGGAGAGAGUGUUCUCUGAGUCGUCCAGACAACGUCUUCCUCCUGUUUGCCUCUCCUCCUUCUCCUCGUCUUCUACCGACGCCAAGAUCGCGAAAGAAUCGAAGACGAUCGAAGCUUGCGGCACCCCAGGAAGCGAUUCUGUGCUGAGUGACCCUGUCCUCGUUGUAGGACUGGUGAGUUUGUGC